CUAUAAGUUUACCAUGUUAAAGGACGUGUACAUAUAUUGAUUAUUACAAUGAAGUCCAAUGAUUACGAAUGUACGUGGUUAUGCUUCAAAUAACAACUUGUUGAAGCAAAAGGAUGUGAUUUAGUUCAUAUAAGCGGAUUGCAUAUACUUUUAAUGUAUUAGUAUAUUAAUAUACAUUUCUUCAAAGUUGGUUGUGGACAUUUUAAUAAGACAAAAAUGUGCAAAAUGACCUACGAUCAUCAUGUGUAAUUCCAAUGAUAGAUUUUGGACCCUCAGUAAAGAAUGGAAAACUGCAAUGAGAAAAGACCUGUUGUCGCGGCGGAGCUACAGACACAAAAAGAAACAACAGAAGAACCCACUAAGUCUACAGAACGAAACAUCUUUAAAAUUGAGUCGGAUUUAUUCAUUUAUAAACUUUUCUAUUUUGGUUUCGGAGGAGCAAUAGGAUGUGUAUUCCCAUUCCUCUCAGUUUAUUACAAACAGCUUGGUUUUAGUCCAAAUCAAAUUGGAAUCAUAUCUGGAGUUAGACCGUUGAUUGGAUUUAUGAGUGGUCCAUUAUGGGGAUCAAUCGCAGACAGGUGUCGAAUAAGGAAGAUGAUGAUGUUGAUAAGCACUUUUGGAUGGUUAACUUUUCUAAUGGGGAUAGGGUUCGUUCCUCCAGCUGCAACUACGGAUAAAAAUUGUCAACUUGAACUUGUAUUUGUAAACUCUACGCUAGGACUUCACAAUACAAGCUCGGGUAAAGAUGCUUUAUCUUCUGUAUACAAAAAGUUAAGUACGAGUGAACAGAACAAAUUGCUAGAAGAUAGAGGUUGGAUGUUUGUUGAUUCACAACUUAUACGAGUAUUCGGCAUGGUCAUAGCAUUGGUUAUUCUAGGGGAAAUAGUACAAUCUCCACUCUCUGCACUCUCAGAUUCUGGAUGUAUAGAACACAUAGGAAUGGAGAAUGUCGAUAAAUAUGGGUUUCAAAGAUGUUGGGCUUCAUUUGGUUUCGGUUUAUUAUCUCUAGUUGUUGGUGCUGUUAUAAAUAAAACCAGAACUCCAGUAGAGGUGUGUGGAAUUAGUGUGACUUUCAGUGACUACCAUGUUGCUUUUUAUUUCUUUGCUGGAUGUAUGAUAAUAGUUAUCAUUUCGGCCUUCAUGUUUUCCUUUCCGCACGAGAAAGCAGCAAAAGCAGACAACAAACCAAAACCAAACAUCAAACAUACGUUUAAAUUAUUUAUGUCUCCUCACUACUGUUCAUGGCUGGUAUGCAUGUUUGUUAUGGGCAUGUGUAAUGGUGUUAUAUGGGCCUUUCUGUACUGGCAUAUGGAAAACUUGGGUGCUAGUCAACUUUUAAUUGGUUUAUCAUCUGUAGUUAACAACAUUGCUGAAAUUAUCACCUUUUUCGUUAUAUUUCCACUGAUAAAGAAAGUUGGUGUUAUGCCUUUUAUGGUAUUGGGCAUCUUGGGAUAUAUAGCUAGAUUUUGUGUGUUUGCUUUUAUCGACAAUCCAUGGUUUAUACUUCCUGUUGAAGUUUUACAAGGCUUCACGUUUGCUGGUGUUUGGUGUGUACUAACCGUUUAUUUUUGCAAUGCCGUUCCGAUGGAAAUGUUGGGUACUUUGCAAGGUAUUAUACAUGGAGUGUACUGGGGUCUUGGAUCUGGCACGGGCAGUAUGAUAGGUGGUAUACUGGUAGAAGAACUUGGAGCAAAGAAUACGUUUUGGGUCUUCGCAGGAGUUUCCGGAUUUAAUUUGAUAACUUUUAGCAUAGCACAAAUACUGGCAAAAAAGCCUGAGGCAAGCAAAUAUGAAGAACUUGUAGAUUAAGAAAUGAAUAUUUAUUAAUCUCAGAAUGCUAUUAUAUAGCAGUGGUUAUAUUUUACGGAUAACCAGAUGUUAAUAAUUAUGUUUGCUCGAAUCUUUAAAUCUUAGUGUCACCCCUUCCUUCGUGUAUGAUAUUUUUGUUAUUCCAUGUAAAGAAUGAUCCUUGUUAUUUAGUCAUGAUGUAGUUCGUUACUUGUGGAUCAGAAAUGUGCAUAUAUUUAUUUACAAAAAUAUUUAAAGAAUUUUUAAUUGAUAAAAAUCCUGCUAGUUGUCAAAUGAUUUUUUUAUUAUUUAUAGCUUGAAAGUUAUGGUUUUUUGUAUUAUCCUUUUGU